AUGAAAGCCCAUCAUCAUUAUUGCAAGAGCAGUCGAGCAUUGCUGCUACCGACAAGUUGUCUAAGGCCAUGCACCUGGACAUCAUCGCUCAAGAAAUAUUUGUAUUCGGUGUACUCGGCCAUAAUAACCAGUCUCCUGCUGUCUGCAUUGCUAUCGCAUACUCUCGACAUAGUAUUCAACGUCCAAACUCAGGAAGAUCUCAGUGACAAUAUUAUCAUCACGGUCUCUGUGGUUGGAUGUAUAUGCAAGAUGUACACCUUCUUAGCGAAUAGAAACAAUAUCAUGAUCCUGAUAAGAGCUUUGCGGAGAAAGCCGUUCAUGCCUGUGAAUGAGGAAGAGAUGAACAUCAAGAUGAGAUUCGAUAAAAUAAUCGAGGAGAAUGCAAUUCAAUUCAUGUGGCUGGUUCAGGCCACCAUGAUGCUGGUGUGGGUCAGCACACCGGUCAUGGAAGCAAAGAACCGAAAAUUACCAUUUCGCGCAUGGAUACCGUAUAAUUAUUCCUCUGCGACGCUGUACAUGGUGACGUACCUUUAUCAAUACGUGACUUUGACAUUGGAUACGAUGAUGCACAUUGAUUGUGACUCUCUGUUCAGCGGGUUGUUGAUCUGCGUGUAUUGUCAGCUGGAGAUUCUCAAGCAUCGCCUGCAAAAUAUUAAGAAUGACCAGAAUAGGUCGGCGAACGUAUGCGCUUUCCACCAUCAUCAGAUAUACAUCUACGCUUCAAAGUUGAGCAGAAGCUUUCGCAUAAUGCUGUGCUAUCAACUCGUGGCAACAGUGUCAAUGGUCUGCUUCAGCAUUUUCCAACUGACGCAGGCGCGACUGAAUGGAAAAGCAGUUGAACACGUUAUGUUCAUGAUUUGCGUACUGAUACAGCUGUUUUACUACUGUUGGUACGGGAACGAAGUUAGGCGAAAGAGCUUGGAAGUCCCUGAUAUGAUCUUCGAAAGCAACUGGAUGAAUUUAGACAACGAGUCUAAGAAGGUUCUUUUAGUGAUUAUGCUACGAGGAUCAUUUCCCAUGGAGUUCAAAAGCGCUCAUAUUAUGUCCGUGAAUCUGGAGUCGUUCAUGGCGGUGAUCAAGACUUCUUAUUCGGUGUAUAAUCUGCUCAAAUAA